UUAAAGCCCAAAGAUCACGCCCGCCUAUUUCCGGAAACUUUGAGCCUCUACUAUUUUAGUGGCACCUGAACCACCGGUCCACCGGUGGAGGGCCUCCACAUAUCACCCCAUCCCGAAACUCUUGGCACCGUCAAAUUUACCGCGCCAUUUUGCUCGGUCUUCCUCGGGUUUCCGGUAUGGGUGUGCCGAGCGACGACGUCGUUGUGAUCCAGAAAGGAAGGCGGCCCGGCGAGCCCUGCAUCAUCACCGUCAAUUGCCCGGACAAGACCGGCCUCGGGUGCGAUAUUUGCAGAAUCAUCCUCGAUUUUGGCCUUCUAAUAGAAAAAGCAGAUUUUUCGACUGAUGGGAUAUGGUGCUACAUAGUGUUAUGGGUGUUUCCGGAUUCCAGCUCCCCAGUUGUGAAAUUGUCAAAUUUGAAGAACCAGCUACAAUCUGUAUGCCCAUCAUGUUCAGUGCCGUUUUACUUGUACCAGCAGGCCACAAGAUCGUCGUCCUCACCAGUUUAUCUGUUGACGUUUCUUUGCCUCGACCGCAAGGGAUUGUUGCAUGAUGUUACAAAAACUCUCUCAGAGCUUGAGCUUUCGAUUCAGCGAGUGAAAGUUACGACAACCCCAGAUGAUAGGGUCUUGGACCUCUUCUUUAUAACAGAUAACACGGACCUUUUACACACAAAGGAACGCCAAGAUGAGACAAUAAAACAAUUGCGUGAUGUUUUGGGUGAGUCAUGUAUCAGCUGCGAACUUCAGCUGGUAGGUCCCGAAUAUGAAUCCCUCCAUGGAAUCCCUUCCCUUUCUCCUGUGGUGGCUGAAGAGCUAUUUAGAUGUGAGUUAUUGGAUAAAGAAACCCGGUCUCAAGCUCUUAGCCCAGAUAUGACAAAGUUGAAGAAAACCAAUGUGACCAUGGACAAUUCUUUGAGCCCUGCUCAUACAUUACUUCAAAUCCACUGUGCUGACCACAAAGGUCUCUUGUAUGACAUUCUGAGAACUUUGAAAGACUGCAAUAUCAAGAUAGCUUAUGGUAGAAUUUCUCCAAAUAUUAAAGGCUAUCGCGAUUUAGACCUAUUCAUUCAGCAAAAUGAUGGGAAAAAGUUUGUCGAUCCCGAUAAGCAGAGUGCACUGUAUUUGCGGUUGAAGGUGGAGAUGCUUCACCCAUUACGUGUUAUCAUUGCAAACCGAGGGCCAGAUACUGAACUGUUAGUUGCUAAUCCAGUUGAGCUAUCUGGAAAGGGAAGACCACGAGUUUUCUACGAUGUUACAACUGCUCUAAAAACACUUGGGAUAUGCAUUUUCUCUGUAAGAAAACUCCGCAACAAGUUAAAAGUUAUUCAGAAUUACCAAAUCUUUUGUGAAUUACUAACUCAAGCCGAAAUCGGGAGGGUAGCGGCAUCAGAUCGUGAAUGGGAGGUGUAUACCUUUUUGCUGGAAGAGAACCACAACUUUCAGUUAUCAAAUAUGGUAGCUAAGAAUCAGAUUGCAGAUAGAGUUAGAAGAACCUUGAUGGGCUGGUGAGUAGAUAGAUUUUACCAUCUUUCUACCCCUCAGCGUAUUUUGGGCUUAUAAUAUUUAAAGAUGUAUAACCCAUAUGAUGUUUUUGCAAGUGUGUUGAUUCCCAUUGUGAAUGCCUUUUUCAGAUGUAAAUCAUAGUUUUCUGGUCA